AUGUGCCACAAUUACAUCAAGAACACCUUCCACCGCAAGGAGCUGCUAGACCACCUCCUCGGAUUGCCCCUGGCCGCCCACGCGCCGGCUGUUUCCACGGUUGCGGCGGCAUCGAUGCGAUCUUCAGCGUGCCCAGCCCCCCCACUGCCGGCGCACGCGCGGCCAAGGGCAGAGCCUCGUGGGACGGCGGGCGCCACCGCGUCCUGCGGAGCCCCUCACGACGAAAGCAUGGCGAGGUCCCGCAGCAGAGCGAGGGCGAUGAGGGAGGGCGGUGCCCAGCCCGCCCGGGGUGGCCGCUCGCUUGCAGGGCGUGUCCACAGUGCGGGUGGGCCAAUGGCACUGCGAGGAUCCGUGAAGGCUGUCGUCAGCGAGACAGGCUCUGGCGUUGACGUGGUUGGCCGCGGAGGUCGCGCGCGAGCUGCCCCUGCUGCUGCUGGCGCAGGCGCGGCCACCACCGCGGACUGCGAGCGCGGCGCAGCUGCCGAGGCCGAGGCCGAGGUGGUCUGCAUCUCUGGGCAGGGGGGCUGGUACGUUGACGCAGUGGACUUGGUGCUGGCGGAUGGCACGACCCACUCCUAUGGCAAUUCCCACAAUGGAGAAGCAUUGCCAGUGUGGAAGCAGGCCAGAUCGGGCAACAUACUCCUGGCGGCGGAGCCUGGGAGGGACGAAGCCGGGAGCUGGCGGCGGAGCUCGGGUCGGGCAGCCCGCUUGGACAGCGGCGAGGUCGUGGUUAAGGUGGAGCAGCUGAACUCGCAGGUGGGCCACCUGGGCGCGAGGCUCAUCUUCACCACGUCCUCCAACAGGAUCUGGUAG